GGGGGGGUUGCGCCGAGCACGGGAGUGAGAACACCCGUGAUCCCCGCACUUGCGUGCUUUGCAUCCACUCAGCUUCGCACUCAGCUCUGCAAAUCAGUGCGAAACCGACUUCAGGAGCGAUGCGCUCUCUGCUUGCCCCAACACUGGUGAUUGCAGCUUGCUCUCUCACAGUGCAGCCGCGCAUGACGCGACGCAGCCUUGGCGGUCUGCUGCCGGCACUCGUCGCGUUGCCGAGCCAGACAGCGUUUGCAGCCGACCUCAAGAAGGACUGCAUCAAAGACUGCGUUUCAAACUGCAACCGCGUCGCGCCCGGCAACAAGGCGUACUGCGCGGUCCAAUGCGAGGACUACUGCGCCCAGGACGACCGCAAGGAACCCAGCGAAGGAAACUAGGCGACGUAGAUCACGUCGAUUUCCGUGCAGGCAAGGACGGCCUGUCCGGGUCCGUCUCGAGCGAGGGCGGCGAGGUCGGCUGGACGAGCUACGCGCGAGCUGGCAACACUGUGGAAUACGGCGAAGACAAGCCACCCCAGAUGGACAUCCUACCGAAGUCCUUGCUGCCCCAGGCGCUCAGGGGAGGUUCGUAAAAUGAU